CGAUUCGUCGCACCAAGAAACACCUCAAGAACCGCUAGCUCCCUUCUCCGUCUGACAGCCAGCUGUUCUGCAACGACCCCUUUCGCCCACGUCCGAUCUCCAUCUCACACCCGUUGCCUUUCCAGUACUUCCGUCGCCAAGAUGCCGCAGAUGCCAAAGAAUGUCAUCAAGGGAGGCAAGGAGGACCUCACGCAAGUGCUCAAGGACCCCAAGCUCUUCAGGACCGAUGCAUACAUCGACGGCAAAUGGACGCAGUCGUCGGAUGGCAACACCUUCAAGGUCUUCAACAAGGCCACCCAGGCCGAGCUCGGCACGGUGCCCGACAUGUCGGCCGCCGAUACGCGCAAGGCCAUCGACGCCGCCGCUGCGGCCCUUCCUGCCUGGCGCGAGCAGUCGGCCAAGAGCCGUCAGGACCUUCUGACGAAGCUCUUCAUCUCGCUGCAGGACAAUGCAGAGGACCUGGCCAAGAUCAUCGUUGCUGAGAACGGCAAGAGCCUCACCGAGGCCAAGGGCGAGAUCGCCUACUCCAACGGCUUCAUCGAGUGGUUUGCGGCCGAGGCCACCAGGACCUACGGUCACACCGUCCCAGCACCUCUGCCGGGUGUACGGAACGUCGUCAUCAAGCAGCCCAUCGGUGUCUGCGGCUUGAUCACCCCAUGGAACUUCCCCGCUGCCAUGAUCACCCGCAAGCUGGGCCCUGCUCUUGCUGCGGGCUGCACUGUCGUCAUCAAGGCGCCUGCCGAGACCCCGUACUCUGCCCUGGCCAUUAUCGAGCUUGCUGAGCGAGUCGGUGUGCCCAAGGGUGUCAUCAAUGUCGUCACCUGCAACAAGGGAGAACGAGAGGCGGCCGUGGGCAAGGAGCUGUGCGAGAAUUCGACCGUGCGCAAGAUCAGCUUCACGGGCAGCACCCGCGUCGGCAAGAUUCUCAUGAGCCAGUGCGCAGGCAGCCUCAAGAAGCUCAGCUUCGAACUCGGCGGCAAUGCCCCUUUCAUCGUCUUUGGAGAUGCCGACUUGGACAAGGCCGUCGACGGUGCCAUUGCCGGCAAGUUCCGUGGCUCGGGCCAGACUUGCAUCUGCGCCAAUCGCAUCUACGUCCACGAGUCCGUCUAUGCCGAGUUUGCCUCGAAGUUGGCAGCCAAGGUCGACAAGUUCAAGGUCGGCUACGGUAUGGACGAGGGCGUCACCCAUGGCCCUCUGGUCAACCAGGCCGGCGUCGACAAGGUCAGCCAGCACGUGGAGCAGUCCGUCAAGGGCGGUGCCCAGGUCCUCGUCGGCGGCAAGAGGGGCGAGGGUCUCUUCUACGAGCCCACGGUGCUCUCCGACCUGCCCGACAAGGUGCCCAUGGACGACGAGGAGACCUUUGGACCCCUCGCAGCCAUCUACAAGUUCUCGUCUGAGGAAGAGGUGCUCAAGAAGGUCAACGAUGUUCCCGUCGGCCUCGCAGGCUACUUUUACAGCAAAGACGUCGCCCGAUGCUGGCGCUUCGCCGAGAAGCUCGAGGUCGGCAUGGUCGGUGUCAACGCAGCCAUCAUCAGCCAGGCCGUGGUGCCCUUUGGCGGGAUCAAAGAGAGCGGUUUCGGGAGAGAGGGAGGCAGGGACGGUAUCCUGGAGUACCUUGUUGACAAGCUCAUGGUCUUUGGUGUUUAAGAUUUCUCACGCCGAGACGCUAUCGUUAUGCUACGGAAUCCAUGAAUUCUUCUGCUCUAUUACAGCCACUCCUGCGG